UUCCUUGACUCACAUUUCCAAAUCCGCAAAGUUCAGCACAAACUUCUGGAGAAAGUUUUACAUCUCUGAAGAAUAAAAUGGAUUCUCCGAUCAAUUACGCAAUCGACGACAAGGAUCUAGACGACGCUGCAUUAUGGGCGGUGAUUGAUUCCGCCGCCGCUGCCGCCUCCUCCACCACCGCCGUCACUAAGUACAGCAAACCGCUACCUAACAAUCACUCUCCAAUUAGGCCUUUUCCUAGCUCAAAUCCUUCUCCACAAUCUAGGCUCGGAAAAACCCCUAGAAACUUCCAAAAUCAUCACCAUAACGGAGAGGUACUAAAUCACCGGCCGCAGAAAAUGUCCAGGUCAGAUUCUAACUGCGUUUCGGGACUGAGCAAGACGAGUCCGAAUCCGAUGGCGGUAGUUAAGCAUGUGCAGAGAGAUCCGUCUGUGACGAGUUAUUCGUCGCCGGUGACGAGGUCUCCGGCUCCGGUGAUGGAGUAUGAUCAGAGGUAUAACAGUCCGAUUGUUUCGGAGUGUUCGCCGGUGGCUACAAUGAGUCAUGGACAGCGUGAGGAUAGAGAUGGUGUCAUUAGACAUAGCUUGGCUGGUCCAUUUCCAUCCGUUUCUCUGUUCAAGGAGUAUCAAAAUGCAGCGAUGGCGAUUCUGGAGAAAAGUGACUACACUAUGAUUUCUGGACAUCCCUUCAUAAAAAAAACUGGUUGGAGGAAGAUAUCUUUUUACUUCAAUCUAUCAUAUGAAAUUAAAGACAAGACCAUUGAGUUUGAUGACAACCGUAAUGUCCUGCGUGCUGAAUUUAUAGUUCGGGCGCACAUGCAGGGUGGUAGGUUCUCAGAUGGAUGGGGAUCAUGUGAACGGCGGGAGAAGAAGUUUCUAAAACCAAAUCAUGACAUUCCCAGCACAGCAGAAACCAGAGCCAAAAAUAAAGCAUGCCAGGACUUGCUUGGAAUUGGAGAAUAUCGACCUGGUAUGGACCAGAGUAGUAAUGGGUAAAACAAUCAUACAGUAAGUAUUCCAUUAGGUACUCUAUAUCUAAGUCAUUUGCAGUUCAAUUGACCAAGAGGAGAAUUCACAGCCAAAAUUGAGAUUGGGUUAUAUUAAAAGUUAUGGAAUCAAGUAUAGAAAGAAGUAUGUACAGUACACUCCCAGUGUACUUGUAAUAUCUGUAGUAGUUUACCUAGUAAUUUUGAGCGGAGGAUCUAUUGGAAACAACUCUCUACCCCACUAAGAUAGGGUAAAGUCUGCGUAUUUCCUACUCUCUCAUACCUCGCUUGUCGGUUUGCACCGGAUAUGUUGUUGUUUAUUCUCUCCUUGACAUGAUACCUACUUUCAAUCAUGCUGGCCUGUGUGCAACAAUACACCAGGCAGCAGCAUGGACUUCCAAAUUUUAUAGCUAUACUUUUCCAUGUUUGAUUUAUAUAAAAUGACAUUUUUAUUUGGCAUUA